ACGACCAUAUGAUUGAAACUUGGUUACGUUACCUAAACACGAGCACGACUAAACUAAAAAAUAUUUAAAACCUGUCAAAGAAGGCCAUUUCAACAUAUUGAGCAACCAGAUGAAGAAUUUGAACGUGCAAUUACCGGCAGAGUGACGCUUAAUAGGAGGACAGGAAAUAUAUAAAUUGUUACGUGAAAUACAUUCGUUAUCAGAGUGCGGUGGUAUUGACCAAUGGUCGAAUUCGUCAAAAUGAUGCGAAAUUUUGGAAUUUUAUCAAUGAGAAAGAGUAGCUGGAUAAGUUUGCUAGGCUCCAAGGAACGGGCGUGUGCUUCUACCAUGCGACUAUACUCCCCAUGCACAGGAUCAUAUAACUACAAUUGGUCAAAGUGUGAGCGGAGUAACAACAUUCAACCAAAACGUAGUCUUCACGAAAAUAGUAAUGCACAGACAUCCGCCAAAGAAAAUGAAAGUGUCCGAAAGUCUGCACCUGAAGAUUUGGAGCGGGCUUACGCGGUACUGCGAGCCACGCUUCCCAAGCUGUUUGUGGAACCGCUGGACUAUUCAAUAUACAGCCCAAACCUCAUAUUUGAGAACAACAUCACCGGCAAGCACACCGUCGGCUUAUACCACUUUGUUAAGCAAAUUGCCAUUCUUCGAACAGUGGGGCACUUAAAGUACGCCUACGUAAAGUUUGAGGUUCUUAAAAUUACAAAGCAUCCCGACGACCAGACUGUGCGCAUAAGGUGGCGCGUUAGGGGAAUAUCCGGCCUUAAGGUGAUGUUCCAGUUCUGGAAGUACAAGGUGUGGCAGUUGAAGGAAGUGCUGCAGGAUCAGGAAGCAUGGUACGACGGGUUCUCCAUCUGCUACUUGGGAGAUAGUGGUCUAAUUGAAAAGCACGUCGUUGACAAAGUCAUGCCGGACGAAAGUCGAGAGUCAGUUAAAAAUACCUCUGAAACAACCCUCCCAACCGAGUCCUUGGCAGCGACAGCAACACAGAAACUAAGCUGUCAAUGAAACUGUAGCUAGAUUUAAAUGUUACUUAUUUAUUGCAUUACUUUACAUAAUAAACAGCAACUGUGAAGAUGUUUAGUAA